UUCGUCUUCUGCUGCACUUUUUAUUCCAAACACAAAGAUUUUCUCUUUUGUUUUUUGUCCAAGACAAGAGAAAAGAGAAGAGAACUCGGGUACUCAUGGGUCGUGCACCGUGCUGCGACAAAGUGGGGCUGAAGAAAGGCCCCUGGACUCCUGAAGAGGACGACAAGCUCGUCUCUUAUAUUCACCAGCACGGCCAUGGCAGCUGGAGAGCCCUUCCCCAGAAUGCUGGGCUUCUGAGGUGUGGGAAGAGCUGCCGUCUGAGAUGGACUAAUUAUCUGAGGCCAGAUAUUAAGAGAGGAAAUUUCAACGUGCAGGAAGAGCAGACAAUUAUUCAGCUCCAUGCCCUCCUUGGUAACAGAUGGUCGACCAUAGCAACCCAUCUUCCAAAGAGGACAGACAACGAAAUAAAGAACUACUGGAACACGCAUCUGAAGAAGCGGCUGUCCAAAAUGGGCAUAGAUCCCGUAACACACAAGCCCAAAUCUGAAUCCCUUGCCCUAGCAGAGGGACAAUCCAAGAGCACUUCAGCCCUGAGUCACAUGGCGCAGUGGGAAAGCGCAAGACUAGAAGCCGAAGCUCGUCUAGCGAAGCAGUCGAGGCUGAGGUCAAGGGGGAGCUUAUUCGCAAGCCAUAUGACCCUGCCAUCUCCCACAGAAGUCCUAAGAACCAGAACUCCCUGGAACAGGGACCCAUUAAAGCUCCAGGCAACCGCCAGGUGUCUGGACGUGCUGAACGCCAAGCUGUUACAAGAUCCCACAACAACAAACCCAUUAAUGGAAUCCUCUCCGACUUCCAGCCUGAGUUUCACCGAAGGAUCUGCAUUCGAUCAGAAAUCAGGGAGGUCCCAGGUUCAAUUCCCAAUGCCCUCCAUUGACACCCUCAGCCAAGCUCUCAACGAAAAGAAGCCCUUACCAGACGAGCUAGCCCGGUCUCUCACGGACACCGACAACGACAACGACGUCAAGAGUUCGAAUCCCGGAGACCCAAAUCUUGUACUGUUCCAGGAGUUUAUGCCCUUCCCCCCUCGGUGCUCCAGCCCGCCAUCGGUCUCUUCGCCCGAGGAACAUUCCAUGCUGGCUAAUGAUGAUGAUGACACGACUGCAACUACAACUCCUUCUUUGGAAGAUUGCUUCAACACAGAUUAUCUUCUCGAUCUCACUGAAUCACCCAACUGUAAUGAACUGCUCGAAGAGCAAACCUCCAUGACAAAGGAUUACUGGAGCAAUAUACUGAACCUGGUAAAUUCUCCAGAACGCGAUUCCCCAAUUCACCCAAUCUUCUAAAUUACUCAACCCAUUAGCAGCAGCAGCAGUUAAUUACUGUUAAAAGAGCCUAUUUUGUACAUGUUUACCGUGUCAACUUACAGUGUCCCUCUCCUACUAAAAGUCAUACAUGUCAAUGUAAUCCAUCCCUAUCCAAGAUUACAAAAUGUAAUCCAUCCCCAUUACAAAAUGUUUUAUCCCUAUCCAGGAUUACAAAAUGUAAUCUAUCCCCAUUGUCAAGGUUAUCAAAAAUGAUAAUUUUGUUUCUUAAUCUCAAUCAUAAUUCCGUUUUGUCAAUGGUAAAUUGCAAAUA